GAAGGACACCAGGCAAAAACUGUGAAUAAUUUGAGAGCAUCGAUUCACUGAAAGGUAAUGAUUUAGUGGCACCAAUAAGUCUUUUUACAGGAGUCUUCGUAUCGUCCGAGUUUUUACUCCUCAUGCCUCAGUUUCUGAUGAAAUAUGCGCAUACUUCUUCCAUUUAUUGUUUUUUGUCACGCCAGUGGCUUUUUCAAGAGACCAUUAUCUUAUCAUCUGGAUUUGCAACCUUUUUGUUGUAUCGUGCGGAUGGAAAAGGCUUGAGUAGUAUUAAAGGAUGAACCAUUUUUUGGGCAAAAAGUUUACGGUACAACGUGCUUACAUAGAAGAAGCGUAGAAUACGCCGAAAUGUAAACUGUAAGAGUUCAAUAAAUAUUCGAAUUGCAAUAAAGAGUACAUAGUAUUUGCAUAAAGAUUGUGUGUAUAAUUCUUAAAAAUGAUAUAUAUUCGUGGUUGAAAACAUAAUAAAAACCAUCAAGUAUGAAAAGCAUGCAUCUAUAAAGAUAUAUGCACUAAUAAUUGCGUGAUUAAUAAGUAUUUAUUUUUGUACAAGUUUGCAUAUAAAAAGAUAUAAGGUAACACAAGUCACAUGUGAAAGCGUAUAUGUACAUGUAAUUCAUUGUACCAGUCAGUCGUGUUUAAUUUACCGUAGAUUCGGGAGCAAGCAGUCGUUAUUGAAGGCUUCUGAAAUGAUAGAUAACUGACAACGCGGUAAGCUGCUUAGCGCUCGAUCGACGGAUGCGCCGCGGAGCAAGAACACUCUCUCAGUGCCGAGGGGGGAAAAGCACCGUCCACAUACCGGGAGUCUCUUCCUCGUCAGGAACCUUACCAAAGAUGCCCCGUUCCUUCUUCGUGGUCUUGAAGGCCUUUGGAUGGGUGCUGCUGCUGAUGGGAACCUACUUCGCAACGGCGGAAGUGGCCUUUUCCUACUAUACACCUAGUGGGGGGUCUUACUGCCACCGUCCAUCUGAAAUACAGGUUGUCCCAAACAUAAUUUCAAGAAUUGGCUGCUCUUUCAUGUGCUCACAGUACCAAGGCGAAGGGUUCAUGUUUACAGAGGGUAAAUGUACCAUAGCGGGGGGACUGAAGGCGCGCUCAAUUGGUGAAAAAUUAACGACGUUUCGGCGAGUCACGUACUCAUCGAAUUCGACCAAUAUCGCUCUGGGAAAACCAACUAAUAGUGUGGCCGUCUGGUUGAGCCCAACACCUAUGGUUAGUGGCAUGGCUGUCGAUGGCAUCGAAAGCACAGUCAACUAUUUCCACUCUGAACCUAAAAUCGUAAAACCUUGGUGGUAUGUGGAUCUUGGAGGAAACAGAGUAGUGACGGAAGUUCACAUUAUGCCUUAUGGAAGCGGUCACAGCAUAUUCUUCACCACUGUUGAGAUUCGCGUUGGCAAGGCACUUCCUGCAGUCAGUGGAGACUUUUCCAGCUGGGAUUUAUUCUCUUACUUCCAAGGACCACCUCCUGCCGUCCAGGAAUACCAGAAGUUCUCCACCAACAGCUCAUAUCCCUUGUGUGGACGAUACGUAAGCAUCCAGAAAUUGGGAACUGCACCCUAUCCAUAUUUUGUCUUCAACGAGGUUAAGGUUUUCGCCUUGGAAGAGCUUCUGGGCAUCUAGGAUACUUGGAUAAAAUAUCCAAAACAAGAGCACGCGAGUGGGAUUAUACCUUUAUAAAGGCCACUCAAAUGAGUUUGUGCCUGUGAGUGUUAUCAGCCAGGCAUAUCAAGAACUUAAUGGUUGCUGGUACUUUAACAAAUAUGUUAUCUGUAGAACUUGAUAGUUGCUGGUACAGAGAACGUGUUGUAAAGAAAGCAGAUGCUGGUGUAAAGACGACGAAAACAAAUGAAAAACUUGAUAGACGCUGUUACAUAGACCAGAAUGUUCAGUGCAGAAUUUAAAAAUUGCUAAAUGCUAAUUGCCUCCCCUUAGUAUUGCCCUGGUGUAUAAUUGCCUCAAUGAAUCGCAAGGAUUUCUACUUGUAUAAGUACAAAGCAAGACUCACUGGAUUUCCGGUGACUGCUGUGACCAUCACAUUGACGAAGUCGAUUUUCAUGGACGACCUCUUGAAUUUGAGUGACAGCUUGGUUUUCAUCGUUUUACUGGUAGGUUCAGUUCUGUAAAUAACUGUCUGAUUUCCUAAUUAGCUGAGAGGACAAAAAUUCACUGAUGAUAUUUUGAAUUUGAGCUUAAAACGAUAUUGAAAAGAUUUUGUUUU